CCGGAACGUUUGAACAGAGUGGUCGCUUACUUAUGACGUCAUAGUAUCGACACACGAGGAGAGGAAAGGCAGUUGAUUCCAGAGACGAAAAGCCUGAAACUCAGAAAUAUGGGGAAGCAGAAGACAAAAAAAUUUGCUGCAAUGAAAAGGAUGAUUAAUCUCAGAGAUCAUAGGAUAAAAGAAAAGGACCGUGCUAAACAGAAAGACAAGAAGAAGAAAGAUCCUUCAGAACUUAAGGAGCGGGAAGUCACCAAGUAUCCAUCAUGCAUGUUCUUCCAGUACAACACCCAACUUGGCCCACCAUACCAUAUUCUUGUUGAUACCAAUUUCAUCAACUUUUCCAUUAAAGCCAAGCUGGACAUUGUUCAGUCUAUGAUGGACUGCCUGUAUGCCAAAUGUAUACCCUAUAUCACAGACUGUGUGAUGGCUGAGAUUGAGAAGCUGGGGAUGAAAUACAGAGUGGCUCUCAGGAUAGCUAAGGAUCCACGUUUUGAGCGUCUGCCAUGCGCACAUAAGGGCACAUAUGCUGAUGACUGUUUGGUGCAAAGGGUCACUCAGCACAAGUGUUACAUCCUGGCCACUGUGGACAGAGAUCUGAAGAGAAGAAUCAGAAAGAUACCUGGAGUGCCCAUCAUGUACAUCUCAAAUCACAGGUAUAACAUUGAAAGGAUGCCUGACGACUACGGUGCUCCAAGGUUUUGAUAUUUCUGCCCUGAAGUUAGUCUUGUAAAUAAAUUAAGGAUUCCUACCAACUGUUGUAGUAUAAAUGCAGAUGUGUUCAGAUUUGACUUACAGCUGGAGUGGGUUUGGUAAUAUUUCAGCUUUUCAAAUUGUAUUAUCUCUUGUGACCUUCAAACAUUUUGUUGCAAUUUCAUUUCUGAAUAAAUAAAUCAUUAACUCGG